GAGAAAACCAGAAAACCCGCUUUAAAUUCUAUUCGCGACAGAGCUUUUAGGCGUCUUCCGAGUAUUUGCUUGUAUUCCGUAAUGCGAUACAGAAGGGUCAGGAUCGCGUUCCGUGCAUGUGCUUUGCUCAGCUAGCUAACACGCCUGCUCGAAAACUUGAGCCCUAGCGAGCUGUUGGCGAACUUAAGAAGAACAGCUCUAUUAGCUGUGCUCCGUGUGCCAGAGCAUAUGGGGAUUUAUUUCCAAACCAAAAAUAAAAAUAAAUAAUUUAAAAUACUAAAAAAAGCAGUUACGAGAAAAGGAAGCAUUGGAAGCGAGGGAAUGGAAAUGGAAACCGAAGUCAGUCUGAAAGCAUCCGAAGUGUCAUCUGACGAGGGCAGUAAAGGAGAUGCAGCAGGGCUCAAAGGAGCAGGGCUCGAACAAGCCGUCCUCGCCGACGGGGAAAACUCUUCGCCGUCUGAGGUCUCCGCGGUCAGCAACGGAGAUGACAGCGAUGAGGGGAAGGAGAUGGUGGAAGUGAAAAUUAUUUGGAACAAGAACAAAUACGAUCUUAAAAUACCUUUAGAUGGAACCGGGGCAAAGCUGAAAGAGAGAAUUCACACACUCACUGGUCUUCCACCCGCUAUGCAGAAGGUGAUGUACAAGGGACUGCUACCCGAGGACAAAACGCUUCGCGAAAUAAAAGUUACAAACGGUGCGAAAAUAAUGGUGGUUGGGUCAACAAUAAACGACGUGCUGGCUGUAAAUACACCGAAGGAAGUAAUUCAACAAGAAGUCAAAGCUGAGGAAAACAAAAAAGAGCCGCUGUGCAGACAAAAGCAACAUAGAAAAGUGUUGGACAAAGGAAAACCGGAGGAUGUUAUGCCAACAUUAAAAGGAGUAAAGGAGCGUUUACCAACAGUGCCUUUAUCUGGAAUGUACAACAAAUCUGGAGGAAAAGUACGGCUCACUUUUAAACUGGAACAGGAUCAGCUCUGGAUUGGAACAAAGGAAAGGACAGAAAAAAUCCCAAUGGGAUCCAUCAAAAAUGUUGUGACUGAGCCAAUAGAAGGUCAUGAAGACUACCAUAUGAUGGCAUUUCAGCUGGGUCCGACGGAAGCCUCUCAAUACUGGGUUUACUGGGUGCCUGCACAGUACGUCGAUGCAAUCAAAGACACAGUCCUUGGAAAAUGGCAGUAUUUUUAACGUGCCUCCUGUAUCGACACUGAAGAAUCGGGAUUUAGAGCAAAACAACAACCAUAACUGGACGCUGUUUAAUGAAAAGAACUUUUGAUUAUUUUUUUCCCCAACCAUGUAAAAACUGAAGGAAUUCUGGCGGACAAUUUUUUCCCCCUGGGUUUUAAGUGCACUAAAUGGCAUAAUCCUUUUUUUUUUUUUUUUUUUUUUUUCUCGUCCCUAAAUCAUCUCCUAUUUUAUAGACAACCCCAAGGAUAAGCAAAGAAUUGUACAGAACUUACAAAUACAUGUUAAAAAAAAUAAAAUAUUAUUUAAGGAAAAUGA